AUGAAGCGCUUUGCGCAGAAAGAGGAGCCAGGAGAGCUGAGAUCACUGGAUUUCACAAGAUCUCCAAUCAGAGGCCCCACCACGUCCAUGGAGCCUCUUUCAGAUAAGUUUUUGGAAUUCCACCCCAUCCACGGCACCAACGUGCGACUGGAUUACUCGGGCACCCAGGCCACCCGAGUGGAGAGCUUCGCCAACGGGGUGUGCUUCAGCAAACACCCUCUGAACCCAGGGGAGAUUUUCCUCAUUGAAAUCGAAGACAAAGAACUGGGAUGGUGCGGCCACCUAAGGAUCGGCCUGACCUCUCAAAACCCCAAAGACUUAGAAGUGGUGCCGGAAUAUUCCAUACCGAAUUUGACAGACCAAGGGGACAGCUGGGUGUUUGCCAUAACUAGAAAUCACAAUAAAGUUACAGAAACGGAUCCAGAGGGCGCGGCGCAGGAUGGUGGGCAAAGGCUUGGACGUGAGGAACCUGAGGAAGUGCAAGAAAACUCUAAACCCAAAUCCUUUUUCACGGACACUCACCUGUUUGUCGAGAACGUCUGCAUCCCUAAAGACAAACUGGUCGGGAGGAGUAGGCCUGGCCGCUUCUCUCACAUUUUGGACGAUUUGUAUAAGUCUAACGCGCUCCCUCCGACGGCCAGGCGCAGCAGAAUCGGAGUGAUGUACGUGCCGAAGGGGAAAGACCUGGGGAACAUGCACAUUAUCAUCAACGGAGAGGACAUGGGCGCCUCAGCCAAGGGCAUUCCCACCAUCCAGCCACUCUAUGCCGUCGUGGACGUCUUUGCUGCGACCAAAUGUGUCCGGAUUGUUCAGGUGGAGUACGGAUUCUCGUCCUUACAGACGCUGUGUAGGAAAGCCAUUCAGAAGAACAUAGUCCACAGAAUGGCCAUCGACUGGCUGCAACUGCCGGACGCUCUUAAACACUACUGCAAGUACGAGUGA